AGUCACGCGCAGCCGGCCGCUUCCGGCGCGCCGCGAGGGCAGCCGGGACGGGUUUUCCUAGCGGUCCGAGGUGUGCUGCUGCUGCUGCUGCUGCUGAACCGGUGCCGCGGCGACGCACGUGUGCCUGCUGUCUUCCUCGGGCUCCCCGGGGCUUGACCCCCGGGGCUCUCGGCAGGCGUCGGUGAAGAGCCUGCAGAGAGAACCUGCGCUCCCACACGCGCCCUCUACAACCCCAUAUCACGACUCCGAGGAAGGGGAGAGAGAGGGGCUGUCGCGACUCCGUGCCGUGUGUCGCCGGGCGGGGCCGCGGGGCCGGGGCUCCUCUAGCCCCCGGGAUGCGCGCGCGAGUCCUCGUCUCCACUUCCUUGUUGCCACUGCCACGACUGGAGCCGCCUCUCUCCGACAGCGGGGAGCGCGAGUGCGCUGGCCAGCCCCCCCGUCGAGCCCCCUGGCCGGGCGCCUCCGGGAAUGUGAGCCGCGCGGCUUGCACGCUUCUCCGGCCAUGGAUGCAUCAUAUGAUGGUACUGAGGUAACUGUCGUGAUGGAGGAAAUUGAGGAAGCCUACUGUUACACCUCCCCUGGGCCACCCAAGAAGAAGAAAAAGUAUAAAAUACAUGGAGAAAAGGCCAAGAAACCCAGGUCUGCUUACCUUCUGUACUAUUAUGACAUCUACCUGAAAGUGCAGCAGGAGCUCCCCCACCUCCCUCAAUCUGAGAUCAAUAAGAAGAUUAGUGAGAGUUGGAGGCUUCUCAGUGUGGCCGAGAGGAGUUACUACUUGGAGAAAGCCAAACUAGAGAAAGAAGGUUUGGAUCCUAACUCUAAACUCUCUGCACUGACCGCUGUGGUUCCGGACAUCCCAGGUUUCCGCAAGAUCCUCCCUCGCUCAGAUUAUAUCAUCAUCCCCAAGAGCAGCCUGCAGGAGGAGCGGAGCUGUUCUCAGCUAGAGCUGUGUGUGGCCCAGAACCAAAUGUCCCCUAGAGGACCAUCCCUUGUGUCCAACACUGCCCUGGAGACAGUGCCCAGCCAUGCAGGCAUGGCAGAACAAUGUCUGGCUGUGGAGGCCUUAGCUGAGGAUGUGGGAGCCCUUGCCCAGCCAGGUGCUGUACAGGAGAUCACCACCUCAGAGAUCCUCGGCCCGGAUGUGCUCCUAAAUGAGGCUUCCCUGGAGGUAGGGGAGAGCCACCAACCUUACCAGACAAGCCUGGUAAUUGAAGAGACCUUAGUGAACAGCUCACCAGACCUCCCCACUGGAAGCCUGGCUGUGCCCCACCCCCAGGUUGGGGAGAGCAUGUCCGUGGUAACAGUCAUGAGGGAUUCCAGUGAGAUUAGCUCCUCUGCGCCAGCUGCACAAUUCAUCAUGUUGCCUCUUCCUGCCUACUCGGUUGUGGAGAACCCCACCUCCAUCAAACUGACUACUACGUACACCCGACGGGGCCAUGGGACAUGCACCAGCCCAGGCUGCUCCUUCACAUAUGUCACGAGGCACAAACCACCUAAGUGCCCUACCUGUGGUAACUUCCUAGGAGGGAAGUGGAUCCCAAAGGAAAAGCCAGCCAAAGUCAAAGUGGAAUUGACUUCUGGAGUCUCCUCCAAAGGCUCUGUGGUUAAAAGAAAUCAGCAGCCUCUCACCUCCGAGCAAAAUUCUGCUAAGGAAAACUCUUCCAAACUGACUCUGGAGAACUCAGAAGCUGUAAGCCAGCUCCUAAGUAUAGCUCCUCAAAGAGACGUGGGUGAGGAGAAUGAGUGGGAGGAAGUGAUCAUCUCAGAUGCCCAUGUUUUGGUCAAGGAAACUCCUGGGAAUCGUGGUACAGCAGUCAUUAAGAAGCCAGUGGUCAAGAGUGGUGUGCAGCGUGAGGUCUCUCUGGGGACAACUGAGAAUGACAGUCCUGGACUAGACGUGCCACCACCAGCUGAGGGGACCAGCACCUCCAAUUCACUCCCUGCUCCUAAAAAGCCUACAGGAAUUGACCUGCUUAUUCCUGUGCCCAGAGCCCCAGAGCUUAAAGGCAGAGCACGGGGCAAGCCCUCGUUACUGGCUGCAGCAAGACCCAUGAGAGCAAUUCUUCCAGCCCCAGCUAACGUGGGUCGAGGCAGCAGCAUGGGACUGCCCAGGGCCAGGCAGGCCUUUCCCCUGAGUGAUAAGACUCCCUCUGUGAGGACUUGUGGCCUGAAGCCAAGCACGCUGAAGCAGCUGGGCCAGCCCAUCCAACAGCCAUCUAGCACUGGUGAGGUGAAGCUACCAAAUGGCCCAGCCAACAGGACAUCUCAGGUGAAAGUUGUAGAGGUCAAGCCUGAUAUGUUUCCUCCAUAUAAGUAUAGCUGCACCGUCACACUGGAUUUGGGCCUGGCUACAUCAAGAGGUCGGGGAAAGUGCAAGAAUCCCUCUUGUAGCUAUGUCUACACCAAUCGGCAUAAACCGCGGAUUUGUCCCAGCUGUGGUUUUAACCUUGCCAAAGACCGGACUGAGAAAACCACCAAGGUUCUCGAGGCGAGCUCACCACUCUCGGAUGUGCUGAGCGCCACAGAGCCCCUGAGCGCAGCCCAGAGGGAGAUCCAGCGCCAGUCAACGCUGCAGCUGCUGCGCAAAGUCCUGCAGAUUCCUGAGAACGAGUCAGAGCUGGCUGAGGUCUUCGCCUUGAUUCAUGAACUCAAUAGCUCUCGACUCGUCCUGUCCAACGUGAGUGAGGAGACAGUCACCAUCGAGCAGACUUCUUGGUCGAAUUAUUAUGAGUCUCCAUCCACGCAGUGCCUUCUCUGUAGCAGCCCAUUGUUCAAAGGGGGACAAAACUCCCUGGCCGGGCCCCAGGAGUGCUGGCUGCUGACAGCCAGCUGGCUGCAGGUGGUGACUGCCCAGGUGAAGAUGUGUCUGAAUCCCCAUUGUUUGGCCCUGCACAGCUUCAUGGACAUCUAUACAGGUCUCUUUAAUGUGGGAAACAAGCUGCUAGUGAGCCUGGACUUGCUUUUUGCAAUCCGAAACCAGAUCAAGCUGGGAGAGGACCCCAGAGUAUCCAUCAGCACUCUUCUGAAGUCAGUGCAGGAUCAGACAGAGAAGACUCUUACCUCAGAGGAGCUGAGCCAGCUGCAGGAGCUGCUGUGCAAUGGCUAUUGGGCUUUUGAGUGCCUCACUGUCCGAGACUACAAUGACAUGAUCUGUGGCAUCUGUGGUGUGGCCCCCAAAGUGGAAGUUGCCCAGAGGAGUGAAGAAAACGUGCUGGCACUAAAGAGUGUGGAGUUCACCUGGCCUGACUUCUUGGCCUCUAGUGAGGUAAAUGUGGAGGACUUUUGGGCCACGAUGGAGACAGAAGUGAUUGAGCAGGUGGCCUUCCCCGCCAGCAUCCCUAUCACCAAGUUUGAUGCCUCUGUUAUUGCCCCCUUCUUCCCACCACUCAUGAGAGGAGCUGUGGUCGUCAACACUGAGAAAGACAAAAACCUGGAUGUGCAGCCAGUACCUGGCAAUGGCGGUGCCUUGGUACGGCUGCUCCAGGAGGGCACCUGCAAGCUUGAGGAGAUCGGCUCCUACAGCGAGGAGGAGCUGCACUGCCUGCUGAGGCAGUGUGGCAUCCCCUUCGGGGCAGAAGACUCCAGGGACCAGCUCUGCUUCUCCUUGUUGGCCCUCUACGAAUCUGUUCAGAAUGGAGCCAGAGCUCGACAGCCCCCACCUCAUCUCACAGGGGGUAAAAUCUACAAGAUGUGCCCCCAUCAGGUGGUGUGUGGCUCCAAGUAUCUCGUGCGGGGCGAGAGUGCCCUCGACCAUGUGGAUCUGCUCGUCUCCUCCCGCCACUGGCCUCCUGUGUAUGUGGUCGACAUGGCCACACCAGUGGCCCUGUGUGCUGACCUCUGCUACCCAGAGCUGACCAACCAGAUGUGGGGGAGGAAUCAGGGCUGUUUCUCCAGCCCCACGGAACCGCCUGUGAGCGUGUCCUGCCCAGAACUCUUGGACCAGCAUUAUACGGUGGAUAUGUCGGAGGCUGAGCACUCUGUCCAGCACCCGGUCACCAAGACUGCCACACGGCGCAUCGUCCAUGCAGGCACACAGCCCAGUCCUGGCGACCCCAGUGCUGGGCACCACUCCUUGGCCCUGUGUCCUGAGUUGGCGCCCUACGCAGCCAUCCUGUCCUCCUUUGCAGACAGCAAACCAAACAGCGUCCGCCAGCGGCCCAUUGCCUUUGACAAUGCCACCCACUAUUACCUCUACAACCGCCUCAUGGACUUCCUUACCAGUCGCGAGAUUGUCAACCGGCAGAUCCAUGACAUUGUGCAGAGCUGCCAGCCUGGCGAGGUGGUCAUCCGAGACACCCUGUACCGCCUCGGCGUUGCUCAGAUCAAGACGGAGACGGAGGAGGACGCUGAGGAAGAGGAGGUGGCCACAGCUGCAGAGAAAUCUGUGACAGUUCCACACAAGUCAAAGCUGCUAGAGGAGAAGAGACUGGAGCGGACUGAGAGUCCCAACAGGCCCUGGGGCACUUCUGUGGGCCUUGUGGUGACUCUGAUGCCCACCCAUGUCUGAGAGCCACUGAUCAGAUCUCACAGAACUGCCUGUCAUCCAUAAGCAGCUUCUGACCAGCCCAGGCAUCUGGCCUAGGAAUUCAAGGGUUGCUGAGACAGGGAUCCCACCUUCACUUUGUGGAGACGGGACGGGAAAGAUGGAGUGAGGUAGCCCUGGGACCCUCAGACACCCAAGAGGCCCCACCACGAUGGGCCCCUUACCUCCGUGGGUGCAGGCUCCCAGAAGGUUGACUAUGUUCUCGUGCUGGCCCAGGUGGCUCAUGAUCUUCAGUUCCGACAUGAGGGCCUCCUUCUCGUCAGCGUGAGCCGUGGCUGCGAGAUGGGGCCACAGGUCCCACAGACAGAGAAAGGGCAGGACACGGAGAGCCAUGCACACAGGCGCCCAGGGGAGCAAAGCAGAGGGGACCCAGAGCCCCAAAGCAAUCAGAAGCCGAAAGAGGCAGAAGUGAGGACACACGAUGGGAGUUACGGGGAGAGAGAGAGGAGAGAUGGCCUGUCACUGAGCUGAUUGUGGGUGGCAGGAGACCAACCUGUGGCCAGGCCAUAGGCCAGGAUGGCCUCUGUGCACCAGAGCCCCUUCGAGGCUCAGGCAGAAGCCCUUCCACACCCAGGAGUUAGAGAGAGCCGGGAGCUCACAAAGGAAGCCGAGAGUCCUCACCCCCGAUCCCAGGCUCUGUUCCACAGGCCCUGACAGGCCGAAAAUGUGGGUGAUGCCCUUGUGACGACAGAACAGACCCUCCCUUGGCCGAUACCACCUCCGACCCGCUGCCCCAAAGCUGCUUCCUGUACUCACACUUCAGCAUCUUCACAGCCACCUUCAGAACAGCAUCUUCCUUGCCCAGACCAAAGGCCGUGGCCUCCACCACCUUCCCAAAGGCACCUGCUCCAAGGGUUUUACCUGCCAUACACAAAGCCUGCUUAGGUCCCGGGGCACCUAAGGGCCCACAGGCUCCCUGCCACCCACGCUGGCCCUGUGACAGGAGGGCGUGUUGGGUGCUGAGACCCCGGCUCACCAAACUGCAGGUUGUUCCGGGGGAACUCCCACUUCUCGUUGUAGGGCAGCUGGGUUGGGUCGAUGAAGGUGUAGCUGUUGCCCCCGUAGCUCUCAAUGAUCUUCCAGCGCACCUGGUACUUGGGCUUCUGCAGAGGGAGAGGGAGGAGGCAUGGGUCAGCUGGGCCUGGCAGGUGGAUCUUGGACAUCAUCCCGACCCGGGAGGACAGGGGCUGGGCAGUCCCACCGCACAGCGGGAGGAGGUCGGUGUGGCCUGCGACGUGGUGAGAGGGGCUGUGUCAUCUCAUGCCCAUGGCACCGAGAGCCCCGUCCCUGCCUGGCUUGGCCUUACCAUGGGACCGUCCAUUCUCCAAGCCUCAGUUUCCCUACCUGUGUAUUGAAAGAUUUGGACAGGACCACCUCUGAGGGUUUUGACAGCUCUGAUAAGGUAGUAAUUCCUGAGCCAGGAGGGAGGGUGGAACUGUAGAUCCAUCCAUGCAUCCGUCCAUCCUCCCAUCCAAUUAUGACUUGUUUGUUUUAUUUUCACUUGUGGUAAGAACAAAAUUUACCAUCCCAACCAGUUUUGAGUAUACCGUUCAGUAGUGUUAUAGACAGUCCCACUGUUGUGCAACCAACCUCCAGGACUCUUUUCAUCUUGAAAAGCUUCAAGUCUGUACUCACUAAACAACAACUCCCUGUUCCCCCCUCCCCCGAGCCCCCAGCCACUUAUCUCCUGCAUCUGACUGUUUCAGGUACCUUAUUUAACUGGAAUCAUGCAGGAUCUGUCCCUUUGUAACUGGCUUAUCUCACUUAGCGUGAUGUCUUCAAGGUUCAUCCAUGUUGUUGCCUAUGUCAGCAUUUCCUGCCUUUUUAAGGCUGAAUAUUAUCCCAUCCAAAUAUUUCACCGAGUACCUGUUUGUUUCAGGCAUCGUUGAUUCAGAGUUUGACAAAACAAGAGUCCCUGUCCCCUGGAGUUUGCAUUCUAGUUGCUAAGACGGACAAUCAACUCAGAUACCUAUCUAGGAAAUUUUCGAAUAGUGCUAUGGAGAUAAGAAAGCAAAGUAAUAGGACAGAGAGCACCGGGGACAACUGAACACAAGUCAGGGAGGGCCCCUGAGGAGGCGAGAGGGAGCUGGCCACGUGAGCAGCAGGGGAAGCACUUCGCGGGUGCAGGGAGUGGAGGCCUGGGGGUGGGAAAGGUCUGGGCGAGUCUAAGGGACUGGAAGGUGCUGUGUGGCUGGAGGGGAGCGGGGGGCGGUUCUGGAGGCAGGAAAGUCUUGAGGGCUGCAAUCAGCAAGUGAGUUCUCUAAGCGCAAGGGGAACCCUUUGAGGCUCGAUGCAGGCGAGCGAUGCAUCCGACUCUACAUUGCUCAAGGACCAACAGAGAGAGACCCCACGUACAAGACAGCGGGCGUCUGGAGGACCUGCAUUCCCCUCAGGCUCUCCACGCUGUUCCAACCAGCCAGCUGGCGGCAGAGCAUAAGCAGAGGAGGAGCGGCUGCCUCUCUCUUUCCUGCCCCUGGUGGCAGCUGCAUGGGGGCAUCAUGCCAGGGGUACCCAUGAGAAGUGCUGAUGGCAGACAGAGUUUAGGUGGAAAGUGGAAGCUGGGCUGGGGCGGUGGAGGACACUGAGGCCUCGGGUCAGCAGUCCAGCUCGCUUUCCGGUCAGUUGUGGGGGACAGGGACCAGCUGGGCUGUGCUUAGCAGCUGGGCUCCUACAUGGGGCACCCAACUCGGGCAGGGGGAGCUAAAGUGGGUGCUGGGGAGGAGGGUGACAAGUCUCACCAGGUUAAGGGAAAAGACUCCAGAUAGCCAUAGGGAAGGACUUCCGGAUGGUAGUUCGGGGGGAAAGACUGCAGUUAGACAUGAGGAAGAAUUUCCAGGUCCUGAUUCAGGACGAGAGACUAGUGGUGAACCUAAGGACAUCCAUGUUACAGUUUCAGCAGAUAGUCUGAAACGGGACAGGAAGAGGAAUUCUGGAGUGUCAGAGGAUUCAAACCCUGUGUGUGGGUGCCUUCCCAACACAAAGGAUGGACACAGAACCGGGAGGGAUUCCUUGACCUUGCCUGGCCACUUCCAUCUCCAGGAGCCACUGUGGUGACGGCUGGUUUUUCCCCCCCGCCACUUCUCCUUCCUCUGGCCCCACAGCUGGGCCUGAGUCAGCCCCUCCCCAGCCCACCGCGAGCUGGCUCUCUGGCUGGAACUUCAGCUCUCUCUCUGAAUCCCAGACCUGAUACCUGGAGGACGACGCAGCUCUCCCACGCCUGCCUCAGGCAUCCCCACCCCUCUUCCUGGAAAGCAGACACUAGCUCUCAGCCUCUGCUAUCCCUAGACAGGGCUUCUGUGUAACUCCCGGGGGCUUCUACCCAGAGGGGCCUCUCCUCUGAAGGAGAACCCUAAUGGGGAGGCCAGGAUGGGCAGCCUCGGAGUAUAAUGCUAUCAGUGAGCGUCUCCCGAGCACUUCCUGUGAGUGGGCCCUGGGCUCCACACUCAACGUGCGUCAUCUCACUUAAUGCUCACAACAGGCCCAGGCCACUUCCCCUUGGUGACCGAGGUAGGCAUGGAAUCAUCAAAGUCCCCACAACUCCCCAUCCAGGCCUGCUGUUUUGGGUGGGCGGAUGUUUUCUGUCUCAGGAAGGGGGAGAUCUGAACAGUUUCCACUGGAAAUCUUGGGGACCCUCCUGUGCUUCCCCCACAUACCUCCCAAUCCCCAGAGCUCAGUUCCAACCCCCAGAAUUCCAGCCUCUCCAGUGGCUUCCCCGUCUCCUCCUGUCUUCCCCAUCACCAUCAUCCUUUCUUCCCCAUGUCCUUCCUCCUUCCAGCCUGCUGACUUCUGCCCUUUUCUCUCCCCCCUUGGCCCCCCUUGUGGUCUCUCUGGGGGCCAGAAAGGCGAUGAGUCAGCCCUGAGACAGAAGCAACCCUUCCCUCAAGUGGGGCCACCCCUCCCCUCAGGCCUGAGUAGUGAGGACAAGCCAGGCUGAGUCCCCAGUGAAGGGACAAGACUCAGAACCCUGUGGAACAAAGCAGAGGACACUUGGACAACAAGCCCUGAGGCAGGGCAUGGUCAUCUUGACCCCUGGGAUGCCCUCCUUCUCUUGGCCUUGAGUCAGCUCACGGGCCAGUUCAGUUUCUUAAAUGGGAUAAAAGGUGACUGGAGUACAUGUUCCAAAAAUGGUCCCGUGAAGAGAACGUAAGGUGUCCCCAAACCACGGCUGGCCAAGGGGGCUGGGCGGCCCAAGGCAGAAAGGGCUGGAGGGGAACUGGGCCCUUCUCUAGAAUCUCUGCAGGGCUGAGGAGGCAGCUCUGUGGGGACGGAGAGGCUGUUUUCAGCUCCAUAUAAGGAAGAACUUUGCAACAGAGCUGCGCAGAGAAGGAAUGGGAGGCCACAACAAUGACUGAAGUCCUGUCCCCGUAGGCGGGCGGAGUUGGACGGAUCUGGGUCUGAAUCCCGCCUUGCCAGGCUCUAGGACUCUAGGAAAAUCGGUGUCUCUAAGCCUCUGUCUCUCCAUCUGUGAAAUGGUGUUGAUAAUGGCAGCCCCCGCACCAGACUGUGCUGAAGGUUCACCGAGGUGACGGCGUGUAGAGGACUGAGCAGGGUGCUGGGCACGGACAGGGCUCUGAAUGGAUGCUACACACCCUGGACCCAGGAGGAAGUUGGCUGGGGAACUCAAGAUAGCUCAUGCAUCUUGGGAUUGGAGGGCUGUCUGGCCCAUCCAAGAUUCAGACCCAGAUCCACACAACUCUCAACCCUUGGCUCUUAAACUAGACCAUCAGGCUCUUGGCAUGUCACGGGAGGAGGCUGUAAAGGUAACCCACCCCACCAUGAACAGGUGGGGAAAAUGAGGCCCAGAGCGGGCAGUCCACCCGCCAAGGUUGCAUGAAGCCCAAACAGGACAGUCACCCAGCCAUGGUCUCAUGGCAAACCAGUGUCCGAGCAGGACCCAGAUCCCUGAAGACUUGACCUGGGGCCCUGGAUGCUGCGCUCAGAGCUGCCUCCUCAUGCUGUGUGCUGACAUAAGCACUGGGCACCCCCCACAUACCACCUACCUAUCUACUCCAAGUCCUCUACUCACACUAAAACCCACAAGGCAGGUGUGGGGAAGAGAAGGCAGCAGAGGAGCCCACAAGGUGGGUUAUUCACCCCUAACUCACCUCACUGCCUUGUUCACACCUGCUGAACCUACAGGAUGGGGUCCAACCCCUCAGACCCCCAACCUGUCCCCACCUGGGUCCUCUUCCAGGCAUCAGUAUUUCCGGAACUCACCUUGGUCUUCCCCCCACCUGCCUCUUUGUACACAGCGCCCUCUCCCACAGAGACAUCCUUUCCCUGAAUCUCAUCUCCCCCUGGCUGCCUGCCCCGUUCUCCAAGACCUGUCCCACCCACGCCAAGCCACCUCCUCCAAGCAGACUCCCUUCCCUGCCAGCCGGAAAAGAUCCCUCCACUUCUGGCCUCCCAGAGCCUUCUGGCCUGGCCCUCUCAGUGCCUGACUGCACCAGAAGUAGUCUUUUAUGUAGGGAGGCAGUGAGGCUAAGUGGUGGAGGCCACAGGCUCUGGGGUGCAAGGCAACUGGGACUCUUGGGCGGGUCCUUCAACCUUGCUGAGCCUGCUUCCUUACUGUAAAAUGCUGACUGCUCUAGUCCCUGCCUCUAGAUUGUUUUGAGGGUAAAAUAAGAUGAUUCCAUGGGUUUUUAACAAAAUGGCUUUUAAAAAACCAGCCUCUGCCAUUGACCGGCUGUAGACUAGGGCAACUGUCUCAACCUCCCAGAACCUCAGCUUCCAACUCUGUAAAAUGGGGUAGUGAUACUACCCACAUGCCAUGGUUGUUGAGGUCAGUAAAUGAGGGGAUGUAGGUAACAUGCUUCAUAACAAUGCCCCUAAAAUCACCAUCACUGACUGAGCACUCAGAGCGACAGGCAGCGCACUAAACGUCAACGUGCAAUUAACGGCAGACUUGAUUAAUAAUCAUAUUAAAUAAUGACGAGGACGAUGAUGGUCAGGCCUUCCCCUCCACUAACUUACCUGCCACCUGACAGAGACACAGGCCUGGCCCCAUGAUACCCUCUCUGUGUCCCUGGAAGCCCCCAGCUGGGACAAGUUCCCAUGUUCAUGCUCUCCCCAACGGCCACGGCUCUCCCCGUAGCAUCUCUCCCUCUGUGAUCCACGCCCUCACUUCCGUGGCUAUUCGAUUAGCAACCGUCUAGCUCACUAGACGGAGACUUCUACGAGGGCAAAACCUCAGAGGCUCCGAGGCUUGGCUCACCCAGCCACUGACACUGGCAUACAGCAGGCACCCAUUAAAGAGCUGUUGGUUCAA